UGUCACUGAAGGUAAACAUGGCGUUCAAAAGGACAAUCGCUGUUUUCUUGUUGUUUUCAAUAUUUUAUUUCUUUGCACUGGGCGAAACGAAGAAGAAAGACAAAGAGAAGACUAAGAUAGGCAAAGAUGUCUUGGAUUAUACAGAAUCUGAUAUAUAUCGCCUUGCAGACCAGUGGGAUGAGAAUGAUGAAGAAUAUGAUCCAGAUGAUUACGAUGACAAUGAUCCAAGAAAGCCUCCUCCCAGUAACGCUGGUUUUGACCCGUCGCAAUUCAAUGGUGAUCCAAUGGCUAUGAUGAAGCUUGCUAAAAAAGGAAAAACUGUCAUGGUCUUUGUGCAAGUUGGAGAAAAAUUUGACAAAAAGGAAGCUGAUAAAAUCACAGAAAGAUGGCAUCAUAGCUUGUUUAAUGCUCAAUUUCAAAUACAAAGGUACAUGGUAUCUGAUCGCAGGGCAAUAUUUCUGUUACAAGAUGGUAGCACAGCAUGGGAUAUCAAGGAUUUUUUAAUUAAACAACCUGAAUGUGAAAGUGUAGAAUUUGACAAUCAAAAAUUUCCUGGUUCAGCUGCCAAACCAGACGGUGAUGACCAGAAGACAGAACUAUAAACACAUGCUCUGAAUUUUUUAACUUUAGUUAAUUUGUGGUAUUUAUGAAUAUAAAAUAAAAAACUGAAACUUGUAGUUCGGUUGUUUCUU